AUGAUUGACCACUUUGUCAUCUUCUCCAAGACUGGAACGGUCUUGUGGUCGCGCACGUUGUGCAAAUUGGGCAGCGAUCCUGUGGAUAAUCUCAUCAGUCGCGUCCUGAUGGAAGACCGAGCGGGCGAGAAGAAGUUCAUUGACGACACGUAUGCGCUGCAAUGGGUCUUUGAGAACAAACUCGACCUGGUGUUUGUCGUCGUCUAUCAGAAGAUUCUGCAGUUGCUCUACAUUGAGGAGCUGCUGGAGAUUGUCAAGAAGGACUUUGUUGCCAUGUUCCCUCAGCAGAUUGCAAAUCAAACCCCCGUGGCGUACGGACCCAAGUUUACUAAGAUUCUCAAGGCUACGGAGCUCAAGGCGACGUCGAAACAAGUGCGGAAGGGACCGCGUGGGUUUAUUAUGUCCAAGAAAGCCAAGGCCAAAGGCGUCACGAACCGUGCAAGUGGCCACACGACAUCUUCUGUAAAGCCAGCGCGAACAGCUGGAAAUCAAUCUGAUGAUGAUGAUGGAGGUGGCAGCCUUGCGUCGGACGAGCUAGCCAAUGAUCUGAACGAUCUGGAAAGCGAGGCAGCCCUGCGCUCGUCAAAGGGACGCAAAAUGCGCACGGGUCCGCGCCGGAAAGGGAAGGAGAAUACGGCGAAGGAGCUAAAGAAAAGCGGCAAACAAAGGACAAUAUGGGACGAUACAAAGGUGUCCAAAAAGGAAGCGCAAUCGCUCGACCGCUCCAAGACAGUUAGUGCUGCAGAAGAAGUGGCUCAGCUCCGUGAGAAGCGCGAAGCUUAUAUUGGAGAACUGGAAGAUAGCGACUCGGGUGAGUUGGUGGAUACUGACGACGAGUCUGCAGCCUCCUCGGAAGCAGACUCUGACUCCAACCAGGGCGGGUGGAGCUUUUCCAACACUCGUAUUGGCAAUUUUCUCAGCUCAGUAUCUGGCAAUAAGAUCCUUGAGCGAAACGACUUGGAGCCUGUGAUCACCCCUAUGCACCAGAUGCUAAUCAGCAAGAACGUAGCUUCCGAAGUCGCCAACGAACUGUGCGAAUCUGUCAUUACUACCGUAGUCGGUCAAAGACUGGAGAGCUUUACGCGCAUAUCAACGGUUGUGCGCAAGGCUCUGGAAGCCGCACUGCUGCGUAUCUUGACGCCGAAGAAAUCUACUGACGUGCUGCGCGAGAUUCUGCAGGCUAAAGCAGAAGGCCGUGCAUACAGCAUCGUCUUUGUGGGUGUCAAUGGUGUGGGCAAGUCCACCAGUUUGUCUAAGGUCUGCUACUACUUGAAAUCGAAGGGCAUCAAUGUCAUGAUCGCUGCGUGCGACACUUUUCGUUCUGGAGCUGUGGAGCAACUGAACCAGCACGCAAAGGUCCUGGACGUGAAGUUGUUCGAGAAGGGCUACGCCAAAGACCCAGCCUCGGUGGCCAAGGAGGCAAUCAAGUAUGGCACCGACAAUGGUUACGAUUGCGUGCUUAUUGACACUGCCGGUCGUAUGCAAAAUAAUGAGCCGCUCAUGCGCGCAUUGGCCAAGCUUGUGUCUAACAACGAGCCGGACCUCGUUCUCUUUGUUGGAGAGGCAUUGGUUGGAAAUGAUGGUAUCGACCAGCUGUCGAUGUUUGAUCGGUCUCUUGCAGACUACUCGGACCGUCGUGAGCCACACCGCAUUGAUGGCAUUGUCAUCACGAAGUUUGACACCAUUGAUGACAAGGUCGGUGCUGCACUGUCCAUGGUAUACAAGACCGGCCAGCCGAUCAUGUUUGUUGGCACGGGCCAGAAGUACACGCAUUUGAAGAAGUUGAACGUGCGCACGGUCCUGCGUCACCUCUUGCAGUAA